AUACUGAAUUGCCUAAUUCAAUGUAUUGAUUUUGCUCCUAAAUCUAUAUUAGACGAUCCCCGUACAGCGUCUGGGGGACCAUACGAUGCGUUGGGUAGAAGAGGUAACAUGGCAGCCCAACCCAAAUCUGUUACUGGUGGUGGCUCUAGUUCUGCAAUUAGGACUGGAAUGUCAAAGAGGCCUCAAGGAGCAGGCCGAACUGGGGGAGCAAGCUUGCAUGCACCCAUACCAAGUUCUGGCCGUCUCUCUGCUUCAGGCAUGAACGACCCUGUACAAUCCAGUGCUGCCGUUCUUGAGUUAACUAAAAAGCUCGAGGAAGUCAAUGCAACAGUCGAUGGGUUGGAAAGAGAGAGAGAUUUUUAUUUUGGCAAGUUGAGGGAUAUUGAGAUUCUCGUGCAACAACAGAUCGAGGGCGAUCCAGAUAACGCUUUCUUGAAAGAGGUUCAGGAUAUCUUGUACAGCACGGAGGAUGGAUUUGAAGUGCCACCAGAGGCUGGAGGAGGCGAAUUUGAAGAUGAGACUUUCUAA